AUGGAUAUAUUCCCUCUUGUUGAAAUUAAACUUGUCCUUUCUAACCCUACUAAAAAUAUUGUAACUGCAAUUUGUAAUUUUCUAAAAGCUUCAAAGAUUAUUAUUAUUUAAUUCGUUAUCUAUUCAAUAAUUUAUUACUUUUUUAAUUUUCUAUUAUAAUAUCUCUGUGUACGGCUGUAUGGAACUGUAAAGUUUCGAUGCAAAUAAAGUUUAUCAUUAUUCUAUGCAUAUAUCCCCGAGUAAACAUUCUCGGGCUGUGGAGGAGAGAAAUUUUGAUCAGUGUUGUACCAUUGCUCUUUUAUUGACAUAAACUGAGGAUUGGUUUUACGUACAGUCACGUGGACAAUGCUCGUGCGUGGAGAUGUCGAUGGGUCAUGGAUGCGAUGUUCAAGGCAGUUUUGAUAUUUUCAAUUGAGAAUUUAGAAAAUUUUCAAAUUCUAAUAAUCCAAUUUUUGUCAUUGAUCCAAUCAAUAACGUAGAAAAAGUUAUUUUUUAACUUAAAUACAAUUCUAAUAAUAAUGCGUGCCAUAAAGAAUUAGAAAUAUUCUUAUCAAUUUUAUCCAAAUGUAUGUUUUUCUAUUUUUUAAAUAAUUCUACGAAUAAUUAAUAUUUUUUGAACUAAGGAACGUUCGAGUUAUCUUGAGGUCGUAUGACGUUGAACAACAAUCUGUUGAAUGAUUUGUUUUUUUGCUUUACAAUUUUUUAUCUUUCAAGUGACGAUAAGUAUAUCUGCAGUGUAGACCUAAUGCAAAUGAACAUUAAUUCACGAAUUUUAGUUUAUUGGAUUGCUUGAUAAAAGAUGGAUUAUUUCCUUGGAGUAGAUGUUGGCACAGGAAGCGUUCGUGGUGCUUUAUUUGAUGCCAAUGGAAAGCUUAUAAAAAUUGCUACUAAUCCUAUUGAAACAUUUAACAGCAUUCCAGACUAUUAUGAACAGUCUUCUGAAGACAUUUGGGAAUCUGUGAAAAGAGUAGUCAAGAAUGUGACUAAUGACGUUAAAAAAGAGUUUAUAAAAGGUAUAGGAUUUGAUGCUACAUGUUCUUUAGUUCUUUUAGAUGAAUCUGGCCAACCAGUAACUGCAAGUGUAACUGGAGAUGAUAAACGUAAUGUCAUUCUUUGGUUGGACCAUAGAGCAGAAGCUGAAGCUAAUUUUAUCAAUAUGAUGGGUCAUAAUAUACUUAAAUAUGUUGGUGGAAAGAUAUCUCUAGAAAUGGAAAUACCAAAGAUUCUUUGGUUGAAAAAAAAUCUUCCUAAGUCUUGGAGUAAAUCUCAAUUAUUAUUCGAUUUGCCAGAUUUUUUAACAUGGAAAGCAACCGGUUCUGAAUCUCGAUCUUUAUGCUCGCUUGUAUGCAAAUGGAAUUAUACAGCAAAACCAGAUGGAAAAAAUAACUGGUGUGAGGAAUUUUUUAAUCAAAUUGGACUAGCCUCAUUAAAAGAUAAUAACUGGAAAAGAAUAGGUAAUGAAGUAAAAGCACCUGGAGAGCCUGUGGGAAAAGGUCUUUCCGUAAAAGCAGCUGCAGAAUUAGGACUUAAUGAAGGGACACCAGUAGGAACAUCGAUUAUUGAUGCUCACGCAGGAGGUCUUGGUAUGAUAGGCUGUUCUGCACCUGAAAUAAGUAAUAAUUUUACCAGUCGACUUAGUCUUAUAUGUGGAACAUCUACUUGUCACAUGGCUAUAUCCACUAAACCAAUUUUCGUUAAUGGUGUUUGGGGUCCUUAUUAUAGUGCAAUGGUUCCUUCAUUAUGGCUCAACGAAGGAGGUCAGAGUGCAACUGGAAAGCUUCUUGAUCAUGUGAUAGAUUCACAUCCAGCAUCUUCAAGCAUAAAAAAUAAAAUCUAUGGAAAAAUGCAUAUUCAACAGUAUCUCUCAAAUCGCUUACAAUUAAUGACUGAACGUAAUAAUUUUCCUGAUGUUUCAUAUUUAACACAAGAUUUUCACGUUUGGCCUGACUUCCAUGGUAAUCGUUCCCCUUUAGCUGAUCCUACUUUACAAGGAAUGAUUUCAGGACUAUCACUUUCAUCUGAUGAGGAAUCACUAGCUGUUCUUUAUCUUGCAACGAUGCAAGCUCUGACUUAUGGGACAAAACAUAUUCUAGAUGCUCUGAUUCUUGCAGGACAUAGAAUAGAAUCAAUUUUGAUAUGUGGAGGUCUCAGUCAGAAUUCUUUAUUCGUACAAACGCAAGCUGACGUUUUAGGUUUGCCUGUAUUAAUCCCUCAAGAAAAAGAGUCUGUUUUAUUAGGAGCAGCAAUUCUUGGAUGUUGUGCAGCUGUAUCGUUUUCUUCAGUUAGUAAAGCCAUCAGAUACAUGGCUGGAAAUGCUAAUGUCAUUAAGCCUAAAGCUAUAUCUCAUCAGUAUCAUUGUCGAAAAUACAAAGUUUUUCAAAAAAUGGUUCAAGAUCAGAAAGAAUACAAAAAGAUGAUGAAUCAAGAAGUUUAGAUGUAAUAUUUAUUACAUAAAAUUUCUUAACGAAAAAGACCUCACGAAAGUAAAGAGAUAACGAAUAAUUUUUUUAAACAUUUCACAUUCAAAUAAUAAAUCUAUUCUCAUGAUAAGUAAUCAUGAUUUAUGGACGAAAUUUUCUUUAAUGAAACGCGUUUUUGAUACCUAAAAAUUUAUAUUUUUAUUUAUUAUAUAAUGAUAAUUAAAUUAAAUCCAUAACAAUAUUGGAUGUAGCACAAUUCUUAUUUAUCAUGGAAAACAAACGUGACUAAUCAGAUCAGGUUUGAUUUAUGUACGUGCGUCAUUCAUUUAUUCAUUCAGUUAUGAAAGAUAUAUAUUAAGCGAUCCAAAAUAACAACUUUCAUUCUGUCUAUGUUUUACUUAACUUGAUAUGUUCUAGUAUAUUUUAUUCUUAAGAUAAUUAUGAAAAUUCAUAAAGAAACUCUUAUUCUUAGUGCAGUUUUGAAUUGUUUUAUAUUUUCGCUUGAAGAUGAAAAAUUUUCAGGAAUUCGAGAAAUCACUGCUACAAAAAUAUUCUUCUAUUCAGAUAACGACGACGAUUUGAAUAGUUUAUCUCCAAUUCAAGCAAUUUUACUAUUUUAUAAAGAAGGAAAAGAAGUGAAUGAAAUCAAAGUUGGUGAUCAACUUCAACUUAAAAUAAAGGUGCGAGCUAGUGAAGAAUUCGAUGAGGGUAAAAUGGUACGUUGUUUUAUCAGGAGUGACAUGCUUCCUGCGAAAGAGAAGAAUAUAAUUUAUGAUGGGUGUCAUCCAAAUAAAAAUUUCAUUCAAAAUUGGUCAUGGAGUAAAAAAUUCCAAAAUUUUAUAGCUGAUUUUUCAAUUGUUCCAUUAUUUUCUCGCGACGUGAAAAAUAUUAAUGUAACUAUGUCAUGUUAUGCUAUUGUUUGUCUUCACAACUGUCCUGAAAUAAUAGAUGACUAUUGCAUUAAACUGUAAAACUUCCUAAUUUCA